AGAAACCCUAACCCCCAUCUAUUCUCUCUUGAGUCUGUGUAGCUGUGCUCUCGAUCGCCAGUCAGCAUAGCUUAUCUUCUUCAGAAAGCUGGCGGAAUUCUUUACCAAACCGUUUGUCCUCGCUGGAAGCUCAAUUGGUCUGAACUGAGAGCAACGCAUAAAAGCUAAAAGCUAUAAAAAUCAUGGCGGACGUGAUGGUGAUGAAGGAUAUAGAAGAGACGGCGGAACGGCUUGGUAUCGAUCUCUCGCAGAUCGAUCUCAACUCCAUCCACCUUCCUCCGGGUGAAGACUUUGGCAUUAUAAGCAAUGAUGAAGAUAUAUACGAAGAGGAUAAUUUAGAGUUUGAUUCUGGGUUUGGGAACAUCAUAGUUGUCGAUAAUCUCCCGGUUGUUGCUCGCGAGAAGUUUGAGAAAUUAGAAGGUGUAAUCCGGAAAAUCUACAGCCAGAUUGGUGUAAUCAAGGAGGAUGGCCUUUGGAUGCCUAUAGAUCCUGAGACCCAGAAAACCUUAGGUUACUGCUUUAUUGAGUAUAAUACUCCUCAGGAAGCUGAGCUGGCUAAGGAAAAGACCCAUGGAUAUAAACUCGACAGGUCUCAUAUUUUUGCUGUUAACAUGUUCGAUGACUUUGAUCGAUUCAUGAAAGUUCCAGAUGAGUGGGCCCCUCCUGAAUUUACUCCAUAUACUCCUGGGGAAAAUCUUCAACACUGGCUUACAGAUGAAAAGGCUCGGGAUCAGUUUGUGAUUCGUGCAGGUUCAGAUACUGAAGUUUUCUGGAAUGAUGCAAGACACUUGAAGCCUGCACCUGUUUACAACCGUCCUUUCUGGACUGAAAGCUUUGUGCAGUGGUCCCCACUUGGGACUUAUUUGGCAACUGUGCACAGACAGGGUGCUGCUGUCUGGGGUGGUGCCUCUUCCUUUAAUCGGCUGAUGCGUUAUGCCCAUCCCCAGGUUAGACUUAUUGAUUUUUCUCCUGGGGAGAAGUAUUUGGUGACCUACAGCAGCCAUGAACCAAGCAAUCCUCGUGAUGCAACUAGGGUUGUAAUAAACAUUUUUGAUGUGAGAACUGGAAAAGUGAUGAGAGAUUUUAAGGGAACUCCUGAUGAUUUUGCAAUUGGAGGAACUGGAGGUGUAGCAGGGUUGUCAUGGCCUGUUUUUAAAUGGGGUGGUGGAAGAGAAGACAAAUAUUUUGCCAGAAUUGGCAAGAAUGUUGUCUCUGUUUAUGAAACAGAAACAUUUUCUCUUAUUGACAAGAAGUCUAUAAAGGUUGAAAAUGUUAUGGAUUUCAGUUGGUCACCUACGGAUCCAAUUCUUGCAAUCUUUGUUCCUGAAUUGGGGGGUGGAAACCAGCCUGCUAGGGUGAGUCUCAUUCAAAUCCCAAGCAAAGAGGAGUUGAGGCAAAAGAAUCUCUUUAGUGUUAGUGACUGCAAAAUGUAUUGGCAAAGCAAUGGGGAUUAUCUUGCUGUCAAGGUUGAUCGCUAUACAAAAACUAAAAAAAGCACCUACACAGGCUUUGAGCUUUUCCGAAUCAAGGAGCGUGACAUCCCUAUUGAAGUUUUGGAGCUAGAGAAUAAGAAUGAUAAGAUUAUUGCCUUCGCUUGGGAGCCUAAGGGCCAUAGAUUUGCAGUUAUCCAUGGUGAUAACCCGAGGCCUGACAUUAGCUUUUAUUCAAUGCGGACAGCGCAGAAUACUGGCCGCGUUUCGAAACUGACCACUCUCAAAGGCAAGCAAGCGAAUGCUCUUUUUUGGUCUCCUUCUGGCCGAUUCAUAAUCCUUGCAGGAUUGAAGGGUUUCAACGGACAGUUGGAAUUUUACAAUGUUGAUGAGCUAGAGACUAUGGCCACAGCAGAGCAUUUCAUGGCAACGGAUAUCGAAUGGGAUCCUACCGGAAGAUAUGUUGCAACUGCUGUGACUUCUGUCCAUGAGAUGGAAAAUGGUUUCAAUAUAUGGUCCUUCAAUGGGAAGCUAUUAUACCGGAUACUAAAGGAUCAUUUCUUCCAGUUUUUGUGGCGCCCAAGGCCUCCAUCGUUCUUGAGCCCUGAGAAGGAGGAAGAAAUUGCGAAGAACCUGAAGAAGUACAGCAAGAAGUAUGAGGCAGAGGACCAAGAUGUGUCCAUGUUAUUGAGCGAGCAAGAGCGAGAAAAACGAAGAAUGUUAAAGGAGGAAUGGGACAAGUGGAUUAGUGAGUGGAAGAGGUUGCAUGAUGAAGAGAGAUUGGAGAGGCAGAAACUUAGGGAUGGAGAGGCCAGCGAUGAAGAAGAGGAGUAUGAGGCCAAGGAAGUUGAGGUUGAGGAGUUGUUAGAUGUCUCAGAGGAAGUUCUUCCUCUUGAAUACGGGCAGGAAUGAAUGUUGCUAAGUGUUAUUUUUCAAGCUACUCCCUUUAGAUGACAAAUUUAAUUGGAGGUGUAUUACUCUUUCAUAAUGUGACUAGGAAUUUUGGCGUCAGCUUUUUUGAUUUUUUUGUCUUGUUUAAAAUUCUUUUUGAGGAUCCUAAUGUGCCUGGCUAUAUUUGUUGUUGCUUUUUCGCUGUUACAGUGUUAUACACUAGAAGUCCGCCGUGUUAUAUGUA